AAUGGCACUCCAUCAUAGCAAGUGUUAACAAUUACUGUUAACCAUCAGAUUGUGUGUAUAUCUUGUAAUUGUAAUAUUCAUUUUGCUACAAUUAGGGGUAUUAUACUUCGGACUUGUAUUGUAUUUAAAAUUUACUGAAGAACUUAUUUUUAUAUGUGGAUUUGAUUCUUUAAAGCAUGCUUUAUGUAAUUAUAGUAUAAUUGCAUAGUUUAUCCUUUGACCUAAAAACCCUAAGAUUCUUGAUGCACUCAUUUCAAAUUAGAGAAAAUGGCCCUGAGGGUGAAAUGGUAUAUUUGUAAAUAGAAACCCCCGCCCCCUGCAUUCACAACAAUAUCCCUCAUUUUAUAAUUAUACCUGUUAAAAUCUCAGGGUGUUACCCGAGGGCACUCUCAGUCUCAGACCCAUCAACCCCUUCAAAUUAUUAGAUGGAGUUAAAAGCCUAUUUAAAAAGUAUGAUCAUUACUGACAUGCCUUGUCAGAGAUUCAGCCAACAUUUCAUAGCUAUGGUACUCAAUUGAUUGCUGAAAGGAAUCUGGCUUCACACUGAUGCUCCAAAGUGGCAAUUGUUGUAUGCAUCUAAAGUGUUUAAAUGCCAUCACGGAAAAUGAAAACCAAGUCGAUUACAGGAUGUCAACGAGAUAAAAAUGGCUUACACAUUUGUCCGACAUCCAUGAUUUCAAAGACUUCUCUCUCCCAUUCCCAUAUUUCUCAACAAGAGUUAGAUUCAGAGAGUAUUCAAAAUAAACAGGAUGUUCUCUCUACCAAUAUAAAAUCCUUACAUGACACUGGUGAAGCUAGAUGCAAUACAAUGCCCAAUGGAGAAAAUCUUGAGAUUCAAAGACAGCUGUCUGCGUUAAAUGACAUGGACACUAAUUUGGGAAUGAUUCUGGGUUCAGCAUUAGUUCCUUGCACAUCGAACUUGGAAACAAUCUUCUCGGUCGAUAUGCAGUCCAGUGAUGAACAUAAGGAAACAGAUUUUCUUAGUGUUGGAGGCAAUGACAAAGAUCUUGGCAUUUCAUCACCGAGAGUGGAUGGCAGAAGUUUAUAUGAAAAUCAAACUUGCAACAUAUCAGAUUUCAACAUUUCAGACUUGAUUUUUUCUGAAUUACCUACCAUAAACAACUGUCUAUAUGGUCUGAAUGGAUCUGCUACCUAUCAUGAUUACCAAUCCAAUGAGAGUAACUCAUGUUUAGAUGAAGAAGUCAUGAUACUACCAUUCCUCGAGGACUCCCUGGAAACUAACAAUGUGCAGGAUAGCUCAUUAUGCGAUGACUCGGUUGAUUCAAGCUUGUAUUCGGCGAUCCAUCUGUCGAAAAGCAAUCAGGAAUCUGUUAAUACCUAUCAAGAUUUGGAUCAAGUAGAGUGCUUGGAUACUGACAUUUUUUUCAGAACAAAUCCUUGGCCGACCACAAUUCCGAAACAACUGUUAAAAAAGAAGUCUAACACAUUGGUACUCGACUUGGAUGAAACACUUGUCCACUCCACACUGGAUCAUUGUGAUGAUGCGGAUUUUACCUUUCCUGUCUCCUUUAACAUGAAAGAGCACAUUGUUUAUGUGAAAAAGAGGCCUCACCUCCACGUAUUCUUAGGGAAAGUGGCCGAGAUGUUUAAAAUUAUAGUCUUUACGGCCAGUCAAAGCAUCUAUGCUGAACAACUUCUUGAUAUAUUGGAUCCAAAUCAAAACAUUAUUUCACGCCGAGCUUAUCGUGAAUCAUGCAUAUUUGCAGAUGGAAGUUACACCAAAGACUUGACUGUCUUGGGUAUUGAUCUUGCAAAGAUUGCCAUAAUUGAUAAUUCUCCUCAGGUUUUCCGUUUGCAAGUAAAUAAUGGAAUCCCAAUAAAGAGUUGGUUUGGUGACCCAUCAGACUCUGCACUAAUUUCAUUACUCUCCUUCCUAGAGACCCUGGUUGAUGCUGAAGAUGUACGCCCCAUCAUAGCGAAGAAAUUCGGUAACAUGGAAUAAGAAUCCAUAGCCAUUCAUCAAUUCUCAUUGUUUCAACUUAACUGGUCCUUCCGGUUGUCUUAUUAGCAUAAAAGAUCUCACGUCUUCAAUACUCAAUUUUCUUUCUCAUUUAUAUUAUCUGCAAUAAAUAGUUGAUAUAACAACUCCUAGAAUAUCCCAUUAGGCAUUGAUAUAACAAAGUGAGCAGUAUUUUAAAGGAUUAUAUAUGGCAAUGUACAGUUAUAGAACCUUGUUUAACAUUAAGGUGUGUAUACAAAGUAAAAAUCAGUUUGGUGUGCA